CUUAUUUUCCACUUUUUCUUUGAGCAAAAUACAAAGUAUGAACUUGGCACUUUUACAGCCUAUAUAAAAAGAGAGAGAAAGUGCAAUAUGAAAUCAGAUCAAACAAAACCUGCAAACGGACAGAGAAAAAAGAAGGCAGCAAGAGCCUGCAUUCAUUGUCAAAAGGCACAUUUAACUUGUGAUGACUCUCGCCCUUGUCAACGAUGUAUUAAGCGUAAUCUAGCAACCACCUGUACUGACGGUGCAAGGAAAAAAGCAAAAUAUUUACAAGAUAUUGAUGAUACAAGUCCAAUGACAGCACCGGGAACACCAUUUAGUCCUCAGUCAUCCAUACAGACACCUAAUUUAAAUGCGUUUGUGCCUGAAGUGGUUUCAUUUCAAGCACAACGCUUUUUGGAUACUGCAGGAGCACCUUCUAUGACAAACAACACCACAGAUACUUCUUUAAUGAAUUUAGAUAAUUUCAACUAUGGAUUCGGGUCUAAUACAACUAAUCUUGAAUAUUCAAUCUUAUCUAACAUGCUUGGUUCUCCUCUUACAGAUACCAACGUGUCUAGUUCAAAUCAACCACCUACUUCAGCUGAUGUGCUUAGCAAUCUUUGGUCUCAACAACAACAGCAGCAACAACAACAUCAACAACAUCAACAACAGCAACAACAGCAACAACAGCAACAGCAACAGCAACAGCAACAACAGCAUCAACAGCAAUCACCUAUUCUUGAUUCAGUUACAAAUACAGUAAAUAUAAUACAGAACAAUAGUGAUACACCUUUUUUGUCUUCACCUAAUCCUCCUCCUCCUCCUCCUGCGUAUAACAAUAACAAAUCAGUUGCUUCCAUUUCUUCUUCUACCAUGGAUACAUCACAAAUAUCUGCUUCUGGUGUAUCCACUCUUUCUGCUUAUGGUGAUGGUGCUGUCGUAGCUAAUGUGGCUAGUCCAGUCACAACAAGUACGGGUCCAUCUGUGAGAAGAAGAAAUCAGAUUGUUACGCCUGAAAUGGCUUAUGCUAGUGCAACAAAACCUUUUAGUUAUGCCGAUGGAUAUCAUUAUCUGAUUAAUUAUGUCAAAACAAGAAUGAGUAGAGAAGAUUUGAUGAGAAUCAGUAGAGCGCUGGCGCUAUUUAGACCAUCUGUCUUGGCUUCUAUGAUGAAUUUGACUGAAGAUGACUUGAUCUUUACUGAGAAAUGCUUACAACGUACAUUAUUAGAAUAUGAGAAAUUGAUUAGUUAUUCAGGUACACCUACUGUUGUAUGGCGAAGAACAGGUGAAAUUGCUUUGGUAGGAAAAGAGUUUUCUUUACUGACUCAAUGGUCAAGAGAUAUGCUCUUAAACAAGAAGACCUAUAUUUACGAACUUAUGAGCAAUCCCUCUGCUGUUGAAUAUUGGGAAAAGUAUGCUUUGCAUGCUUUUGAUAACACAGAUUCAGCCGUCUAUAGUACUUGUAUUCUUAUCAGUCCUACAAAGCGAAUUGUUCCUUGUACUUUUUGCUUUACUAUCAAGCGAGAUAUCUUUGAUUUACCGAGUGUUAUUGUAGGCAAUUUUCUACCUAUCUUGAGCUAGAAAUCCCAUUCCAUUUGCAUCUCAUUCUACCUUUUUUAACUACAAAAGAUAUCCCUACAAACGUAUUUAACCUGGACCAUGAUAGAAUAAAUAUACUUUAUUGAUAAUA